CAGCAGCCUCCAGGAGUGAGAGAGAGCGAGGCGAGGAUUAGGCUACAGUAGGAGUGAUGGACUGAGAUUACGCUCACAUCUAAAAAAAGCCCAGCACUGAGGAAGUCUGUUUAUCCGGGACUGAACAGAGACCGGACUAUUACCUGUGAGCACAAUGACUUCGCUGUACCACACAUUCCUGCUCUUCACAGUCAGUAUGGCGUCACUGCAGCCGCAGCGCUCUUUACGGAGUAAAAGGGGUCUGCUGGAGCUGGCCGGAGUCAUCAAGUGCAGCACUGGCCGCUCAGCUCUGUCCUAUGUGAUGUACGGAUGUUACUGUGGUCUGGGGGGUCAAGGCUGGCCCAGAGACAGGGCGGACUGGUGCUGUCACAAACACGACUGCUGUUAUGGGGAUGCCGAAUUCGCAGGAUGCCAAACCAAAACGGACCGUUAUCAUUGGACGUGUGACGAUGAGCAGGCCGACUGUGACUCGCUUAAUGAUAGAUGUGCGAAAAUCCUGUGCCGAUGUGACCGUGAAGCAGCCAGAUGCCUCAGAAAGGCCCCGUUCAACCCAAAAUACGCUCUGUGGCCGGAUUUCCUCUGCGGAUGCGUUCAUCCUACCUGCAACAUUUACUAAUGAAGCUAUACAGCAGUUGGUAAACAAACCUUUCAGAGCUUGUCUUGUAUGUUUCAUGCUAACUUUGAUUUUCUGUCUUUGUAUUGUUCAAACUAUUUCCAUUUUUCUACAUAUAUCUGUAUUUUGUACUGGCAAAGUUGACCUUCAAAAGUGAAUGGAUUAAAACAUGUACUUCUACUAAAAGCCUGACCACUUGUGUGUUUACACUGUGAAAGCAGUCUGGUUGAUAUAGGUUUUCAAUUACUUUUGAAAAAUACAGGUUUAAACAUAAAGAUUUGUCAAAGGGAUGCCAUAGAAGAACCAUUUUUGGUUCCCUAAAGGCCGGGACACAUCAAGGGUUAUUGUUUGAUCGUGUUGGCCAAUGUUUAUUUUACUAGUGCACAUUGUUACUAUUACAUGGUUUCUGCAGGUUUCAUCAAGUCAAAUUUCAGAUAUUUUAAGACUAUUUUAAGACCUUUAUGAAUUAAUUUUUAAACUUAUACAGGGCUAAACACCAAUGAUUAUUUCUAAUGGCUCAGUUUGCCACAAAAAAGCAAAUGUAAUUAUUUUUAGCAACAAGAAAAUUGUCGCUGUAAACACAAUUUUAAUGUCUUUCUUUUAAAAUGACAAGUUUAACAUUUUGUAAAGUUUAUUUAUUGUAGAAAGAAUUACAUAAAUAAAAAUAAAAUAAAAAAGAUA